CCCCUAUCUAGCAACCAACACCAUUUAUUAUAUUUUAUAGUCCUUUCCACAAUAAUCUUCUAAGCUGAAGAGAAAAAAGAAAAAAAAAAUAGAAGAUGAGUGACUCCAAUCAUCAUAGUACCACUGAAGCAAAUACUGCUAGCUCUGACCAAUUUGUGAAAGAGAUGAGACAAGAGGAGGAGCCUACUAUGUUGGAAUUCUCCGAAGAUGAGGAAGAUCUUGUUGCCAGGAUGUUUAGAUUAGUUGGGAAGAGGUGGUCUCUUAUCGCUGGGAGAAUCCCUGGAAGAACAGCACAAGAGAUUGAAAAAUAUUGGAGUUCAAAGUGCGCAUUUCCCAGUGACCAAUGCUCCUCCUCUGCAUAAUACCACCCAUUAAUAUCUUCCUUCAACAAACCCCAAUCAUAUGGCCUUUUCUUGUGCUUUUGUUUUGGUCUGAUUCACUGCUGUAAUAAAUUCAACUUCUUACUGAAUUUUUCUGAGGAAAUUCUUAUUUACUAAA